GUCACGUUUCCAGGACGAGCGGAAGCUGCACCAACAGCAGGCUGACACCGGAGCCGCUAACUGCCUGCAGGCACAACAACAAGUGAAAUAUCGUUAACAGAGUACUUCCAAGUCCAAGCCAAAGUAGCUCCCAAAAGAAUAUGGAUGAAGACGUUCUGACAACUCUGAAAUUGUUGAUAAUUGGCGAAAGUGGAGUCGGAAAGUCCAGUCUUCUCCUGAGGUUCACAGACGAUACUUUUGAUCCAGACCAGUCAGCGACGAUAGGUGUGGACUUUAAAGUGAAGACAAUUUCUAUAGAUGGGAACAAAGCCAAGCUGGCCAUAUGGGAUACAGCUGGACAGGAAAGGUUUCGCACCCUGACGCCCAGCUACUAUCGCGGUGCACAAGGUGUCAUACUUGUGUAUGACGUCACGAAACGAGACACUUUCACAAAGCUUGAAAACUGGCUGAAUGAACUGGAGACCUAUACCACACGCAAUGACAUUGUAAAAAUGCUGGUUGGGAACAAAAUCGAUCAGGACAACCGUGAAGUGGACAGAAAUGAGGGCUUGAAAUUUGCGAGGAAGCAUUCUAUGCUUUUUAUUGAGGCCAGUGCCAAGACCAAGGAUGGAGUUGAGUGUGCCUUUGAGGAACUUGUGGAAAAGAUCCUCCAGACCCCAGGGCUCUGGGAGAGUGACACCCAGGGUCAGAAGGUCCGUCUGGUGGACCAGCAGCAGCACGGCGGCAGGGCCUGUGGAGGGUAUUGCUCAAUACCCUAAACCUGGACAGUAGUGAAAAUGCACCAGUAAGAAUGAUAAUGGACCAUAGAUGAAGAUGCAAAAAAGAGAGAGGCAGACAGACAGAGAGAGAGAGAGAGAGAGAGUAAAGCAGAUGAGUGCUGUUUUAGAGGAGUUUAUUGUUGGAGCAGUUUGGCUGGUCGGAUGGACUUUGCUGUUUGCACACUUCCUAUCAAACCAUAAUCUGCCAUGUGUCACAGUUCAUUACUUUCUGUUCGGAACAUGAAUGAAAAGAUCAUACAAAAAUAAUCUCUUGUCGAAGGAAGCACAUUAGUUUAAAUUAACUUAACCAUGCCAAGUAUAAUACCCCAUGCUUGUUUUGAAUUUAUCAUAUGGGCAACACUGAUUCUGUUGUACUUUAAAGCAUCGGGUUAAUAUAUAGUGGCUAUAACAGGCACCAAUUUGUACUGUAAAUUACAAUGCAUAGCUCGUCAAACUGAAUCUGAUCUAAUCAAGAUGGCAACCUUCCUAUCCAGUCCCUCCAGCAAAAAGCAUGUCUGCACAUGAUAUACACUACAAAGUGUUUCUGUAAAGCUGAAGUAUUAGAUACUCUACUUAAUAUAUAGAUCUGCAAGUGCUAUGAAGUACACACCACAUUACUUGGACUGAGGGAAAUGGGCAAGAGACUUGUUAUGUAGGAUGUAAAAUCCCCCAUAAAGCACCUCACCUGUUGCACCUUCUGCACCAGAACACUGUGAAUGCUCCCAAAGAAAACAUUUCAUGAGAUGUGUGUGGGUUAUCCAGUUACUGACACCAGAUUAUCCUCACUGUUACCCUAAUUAUUGUUUAUCUAAUGUCAUUUUCCUCAGCAUCUGUAAGUCUGCAUCCUUUGCUUCCAAGUGUAAGGAUGCUUUGGAACUGAUGGAUUUCCUGUAUUUUUUUUUUUCUCUUUACAUGGGAACAUGCAAUACAACAAAUGAUGUCUUGUAGCAUUGCCUGCAACCAAGCUUGUUUGUCUUGAUUGUUGCACGUCCAGACCAUAAUUUUCACAAAUGAUUGUCACAAAAGAGAGAGGUUUACAGUGCUGAGAGCUUUUGCAAUAAAAUAUGCAAUUUUACUCACUAGAGCUUUCCAUUUAUUUUACACAUCUGCUGCGGCAAGAAAGCAAUGAACUGACUUUAUUAUAGGCUAUGAUGAGCUUCAUGGCACAAAGUGGGCAGUGGGUCCUGUGAGCUUUUGUUCAUUCCUUUAUAUUUUACUGUCUCUGUGUGGUGUAGGGGUCCAUGCAGUGUCCUGCUAACAUACAGAGGACAUGUCUCACAUUGUAGCGUUAGGAAAUUCCCUGUGGCCCUGUCAGAAAUGCCAUCAUCAAGCCCUGUGCUCUCUCCAUCAAGGAGCAUUAUAUCCGCAUUAUAGUAUGGAUAUGUUACAUGGUUGCUGUGUGUUUGAAUUCUUUUGUGUUUGUUAGAAUUUGUUGAUUUGUUUCUCUCCUUUUGUUGUGCAUCAGUUUGAAUUGCAUUAUGUCAAAAUAAAAUCUGCCUUAAAGUUGAAUGGCAUUCGCUGGUGUUAGUGGUCUCAUAACAUGGACAUUUG